GACUUUUAAAUGUGAAGCAUAAUGUCCACAAACAUGUUUGAAAUGCAGUUCUCCAACAAUAUGUUCAGUAUGUAAGGAAGGUUAUAAAUUGUCAGAUAAAAACUAAUGUGAGAAGAAUAUAUGUAAAGAAAAUUGUUUAUUGUGUAAUGAAUUUGGAGAGUGUUUAAAAUGUUCUAAAAAUUUCUAUGUAAGUUCAUAACAUAUGACUGAUUGUAUUGGAACAUGUGGACCAAAUUGUACAGUAUGUACAUCUCCACCAGUUUGUAGCUAAUGCUAAGAUUCUUACUAUUGGAGUGACAACAAAACUGAAUGUGUUUUAUUUGAAGAAGUGAUUAUAGAGAAAACUAUAUAUAAUCCAUUAAUUGCAACAUUCCCUAAUGGAGAUUAUAUUGAAUUAUGGUCUGAAGAAGGUCCAGAUGCAGGUAUAUAUUUCUAAAUUUUCAGAAAGAAUGGUUAAAAAGUAGGAUCAAAAACAAAAGUAAAUAUGGAUGAAUUAGGAAUGAGAAGAUUAUUAUAAUCUGUAAAUUCAAAUAAGUUUAAAACUCUCUUUUCAGACAUAGCAACAUUUGAUUAAGACUUUGUUAUUUUAUGGGUGGAUUAGAUUGUUGGAGAUAUGAAAGUUAAACUAAAAAAAUUUGAUACCAAUGGUUAAGCUAUGGGCAAAGAAGUAUAAAUUGCUUAGAUACCAAAAUAAGAUUUAAAUAGUAUUGCAGCUCCAUGUAUUAUUAAAAAGACCACAAAUAAUAAUUUUGUUAUUGGUUUCUUCAAUUAAGUUGAAUAAUCUAUAAAUAAGACUGCUACUAUGUUUUUAUAAUCAUUUAACUAGACUAUGUAACCUAUUGGAUAAAUACAAAUGUUAGAUAAAGCUGAUAUAACUAAACCACCUAUGAUAUCUAGUGAUGAAGAUGGUGUUAUUUCUAUUACAUUUUCAAGUGAAGGGGCUACCUUCUUAGCUCAAAUUUCAACUCAGGGUGAUAUCAUAACAGAACCUCAAAAAGUAGAUGAAGGUAAAGCAUUCAAAUCUACUAAUCUGAAGAAUAAAUUUAUUGUUUUUAUAUUUGAAGGUGUUAGUUCAAAUGUUUCACCUCCACAAUAUAUUCUAUCUUAUUAGAUUAUGAAUUUAGAUAAAAUAUUGUCUGAAGCUAGAAUCUUUGCUAGUCCAUAAUAUGGAGAAGAACAUCCAUAUAUUACAGCAUUUGGGCAUGGCUUUAUCAUUGCUUGGAGAACUGUUGAUAAAUCACUCAAAUCUAAAGAUAUUUUGUUUUAAAUUUUUGACGGAGAUGGAACAUAGAUUUCUAAUUAAACAUAGGUUAAAAGAUAAGGACUUUAUCCAAAAAAUCCUAGUAUUUAAAUAUUAAAUGAUGAAGAAUUUUAUAUUACUUGGACAGCUACUAAUAAUAAUCAUUAAGAUAAUUUCUAUCUUUAACAAUUUAAUAAAUCAGAUUUAAUCAUUUAAAAUCCAAUCAACUAAGAAGUUGAAUAACCUAUUAUUUGUCCAUUGAAUUGUUUAUCUUGUUUGAGUAAUACUAUUUGUGAAAAUUGCGUAUCAGGAUAUUAUGUUGAAAACAAUUUCUGCUAAAUAGAUUGUGGAAUCAAUUGUCUUUCAUGUUCUAUCCCCAAUUAAUGUGAUGAAUGCAUGCUAGGAUAUGAAGUCUCACUUAAUCAUACUUGUGUCUAAAUUUAAUGUGAAGAUGGUUACACUCUCUCUGAAAAUAUGGAAUGUGUACUAACUUGCUCUGAAAAUUGCAAUCAAUGUUAAUCUUAUGAUAAAUGUUUGGUUUGUGAAACAGAUUACAAUUUGUUAAAAGGACAUUGUGUUAAACUUAGUGAAAAAAUAGAUCUAAAUGGGGAUGCUGAGCAAUUACCCUAUUAUUAUAUUAUUCUUAUAUGUUUAGCAGCCUUAUGCUUUUUAGGGCUUAUGGCUUAUGCCAUCUGGAAAUUUAAGUUGGGAGAUCCAGUUUAAUCAUAGAGAAAUCAACAAAGAUAAGUUAUUGAUGAAAGAGAAAAUACAGUUUUAGAUUCUAGAAUCAAUUGAGAUUGAG